UUCCAUUGGCCAGUGGUUUCCCUACACCUUCCAUUCUCACAUUCUGCUACCCCAAAGUGCCACUGCUUUAUUUCUGAUAUAUUAUCAAUAUGACCGUGGUAGCCUUAGGCCAACACAUAGAGCAAAACCUGCGGGCAUGUCCCACCUACUGGGCGUUCAAGAAACGGCUUCUGACCGAGCUAUACGAAAGAAAAGCCGCCAGCUCCGCGAACCCAGACCCACCCACCACCCAAUCGCUCGCCGAAUCCAUCUUCAACAAGCCAGGUGGUGUCGGUCAACUCAUCCAAAACCACGUGCAGCUCAAAUAUGCCUCCGCUGCUGCUCCCCAACAGCCACAACCAGCAGACCGUCAUCACGAAUAUGGUGCCGAAGCAAAUCACACGGGUCGGCGAAGACAAAGUUCCCGACCCCGACAGUCCCGAAUGGAUGAGAAGAUGGUUGAAGCGUUCAAAGCUGCCCAGACAAGCCUUGACGCGAAAGUUGCACGACAGUUGAGGAGGAUCGGGCUCGAUUGGGGCGUUCCGCUUGCUCGACGGAGAUCCAAACACGACGCAGCAAUCUACCUCAAAUCCGAACUCAGCCACGACCCGGACGAGGUCCCGACUAGUACCUCCAACGGGCUGCCGUCCCGUGGUGUGCGUGAUCCAGACCGUGUUUGUCUGCUUGAUGAUCAGGAUGUGUUCAAAGCUUUGAUGGGGGUCAAAGUCCAUGGGGAUGAGGAUGAGGACGAUGAGGUUGUAAACACAGGCUUCAGAACCUUCUGGACCGACCUACCGUUCAAUCUCCUCCCGCGGCCGGUAAUGCUGGAGGAGCUGCGGUACCGCUUCCCGGAGCUGGAUCCGUUGUUGGAGCGGACGGGCCCGGAUGGGGUGGAUGAUCGGGAUGCAGAUGCAUUCAUCAGAUCGCGCAUCACCCCCGGCGAAACAGUCCUGCAGGAAGCCAACCUGGACCGCGCAAGGGAGUUCGCCAAACAAGGGAUUCCGCAUUGUCUACGCCCGCGGAUGUGGAAUUUGUUGGUGCAGAGUGAGCUGGUGGAUGAUUUUGAGGGAUAUACCAAAAACCACUGCCGCACCCUCCUCACCUCCCUCGCCGACGAAGACCUCAUCAUCGACCGUCUCAUCCGCAUCGACGCCCGGCAAUGCCGAAACGACGACACCUAUUUUGUUUUCGAGGACGUCUUGAGGGAUAUCAUGCUCCGUUGGGGCAGGGAUGCCUGGGUGGCGGAGCAGAUAUCCCAUAAUCGAGAUGGAGGCGGUGAGACAGAGGAUGGGGAGGAUGGAUGUGGAACGUUGGCAUUGACGACAACCCCGUACACCCCGCCCAACGGCGUGCUGCCAUUCUGGGGCAUCUCGUGCUAUGCGAUGCCGCUGUGCUUUUUGCAUGCGGAUGGGGAUAGUGCGUAUAUGACUUUCAGGGAGCUUUAUGUCCGCGUUUUCCGCCACCUCCAAACAAUCAAGCCCACGCCCACGCCCAUGGGCACACCCACCCUACCCACCCUCCUCACCCUCUUCGAGUCCCUCCUCAAACAAUGUCUCCCCAUCCUCUUCCACCACCUCUCGCACACCCUCCGCAUUCCGCCCACAUCCUAUGCGUUCCGGUGGAUCAUGUUUGCGUUCGUCGGCGUACUAGACGUGGAACAGGUUCUGAAUUUGUGGGACCGGGUGUUGGGAUAUGAGAGAGGGAAGGGGGAGGGGCUGGAGUUGUUUGCGGUUGCGGCUGUGGCGGUGUUUUGGGAGAGGAGGGGCGUUUUGAUGGGGGCGAGGGGUGCGAGGGAUGUUGAGCUCGCAUUCGACAAUGUAUCCGGGAUCAAGAUCAUCCCGCUUGUGCAAUCCCUGAUCUUCCCUCCCCCUAGCGAGUACUAGUCGUCCUUCAGCAGGCAAUGCCGCACGCCAUAUCGCACGUACGCAAUCGCAGGAAAGCACGCAUCAAUGGAGUCCCAGGCCGUUGAUGCCGCCAUUAUUCAUUACCUACGUUGAAGCGUUGGACUAACAUUCGGACGAUGAUAUCGUUCUGCAUAAUCUCUCCAUGUAUCUUCCCCUGCUACAUACC